AUGCCUUCCGGCCGCAGAUCUGGGCGCUUCAAAGGCCCCAGGGCGGUGUACAUUGAUGAUCCAUUUCAAGUAGCUGGGAUUAAUGAUGACGAAGACCCCAACCUUCCCAAGGGUCCUUCCAAGGGGAAAGAGAAGCGCACCAAAUCAGAUUUAUCUUCAGAUGAUGAAUUUGUUGCAGGCUCUGGCGAAGAUGCAGAAGAGGCCGACUCUGAAGUUGACGAUGAAGAUGAAGCAGAAGAAGACUCAGAAGAGGCUCCGGGCUCAGAAGCCGAAGCGUUUGACGCCGAUGAAAUGGAGAUUGACACUACUGGCGAGACGCCUAGGAAGGGCCGUUCAGGGUCUCAACAACGCGAUCCACAUGCCAGGAAGCGAAGAGCCGAUGGAACCAUUGUGCCAUCCGCGGAUGAAACCCACAUUCGUGGGAUAAUUGAACCUAAAGAUCAUCUGUCAAAAGCUACCUAUUACACUCUCACAUUCGGCUCCGACGAUCGAGAUCUGAUGGCAGCCAUCCACUUCCGUAUGCGCUGGAACAAGGCCAUAGAUGUGGUGUUUCCUUCUCGCUGUACACUGGAAGGGACCGAAAAGAAACCUUCAUACCUGUACGGAUCCACAUUUGGCGUUCACCCAGAUCAUUGUGCGGAAGAAAAAACUCGGGGUUGGGACUGGUAUUACGACCGGGACAUUGGUGGAAAGUUCCGAAAAAGCCAACACAUUGAGGCGAUUGAAGAGCCAUUGGUACGCCAGAACUACCUGCCUCAACCAGAUAAGCGAAAACAUGACGUUUUACUGGGACCGCAUGAUAACCAGCAACUCUUCGAGCUUGGAUAUCAUGAGUCUUUUGACUUUGGAACAGUCUGGGACGAAAGAAGCUCAAAAGCAAGCCGACCACCAACUGGACCCAAGAAAAUUCGGGAAGGCUGGAUAAUAAACAUCGGUCACAGAGUACUUAGCAUGGCUUGGGCUCCUAACCAGGAUGGCAUAACUCAAUAUCUUGCUGUAGUCGCCCCAAUCACAGAAAAACAGAAGGCACACUUCAAUUCGAAAGAAAAUGGAUUCUCCACACCGUUUCAACCCUCUCAGCCUUACCCCAGCGCUCUGCAGAUUUGGGAGAUUAAAGGCAAAAAAAGCGAGACUCCAACCAUGACACUUGAUAUGGACUUUAAACCUCGGCUGCGACAAGUUUGGUGUGCCGACUGGGGGGAUCUGAGACGCAUGUCCUGGUGUGCCAUGCCUCGGGCCAAGCGUGAGGAGGAUGAAGAGGAAGUGACAAAAUCCAUUGGAUUACUCGCAACAGUCUGGGGGGACGGGAAGGUGAGAGUGUUGGAUAUCAAAACACGUCGUGGGUCACAAGAAACGGAAUUCUUCAAGAUCCAAUCGCCUGCCUUUGAAGCAAAACCUCCGAACACAGUCUGCACAUGUGUGGUUUGGCUAUCACCCAGUGAUUUGGCAGUAGGCUGCGGUAAUGGGUUCGUGGCUAUUUGGAACAUCAAUUCUUCGACAGAUUCAGACCCUCUGCCUUUCUUCUACCGACCUAUUCACGCCACAUACGUACUCAAUAUCACAUCGGCGUACCCGUCCCACGCUCAAAUUCUUAUCACCGUAGCAAUGGAUGGCGAAACACGAAUGUUUUCCAUCAUCGAUGCCGCCAGUGAGUUGACCUCGACGGUCCGCAUGCGAGCAGCCUCUUCCCACAUCAGUUAUUCCCCCAUCUGCCAGUCUGUCAUCGCCGGAGAUGAAAAUGAAUUCGCUCGCAUCAUUCCAAUCCGAAGAUUUUUCAGCACCACCACCAUUGCGAGGCUCAACAGCAACAUCUCGGCCAUGGCCCCAUCAAGUGUCCAUCAUCCUUGUGCCCUGUUUGGUAGUACCUCAGGUGAAGUCGCAGGAACCAAUCCUUUCCGACGCGUGGUUUACAACAAGGAGCAAAUAUGGCAGCAGAUGUGGUUUACGCAUGAAUGGGUAUCAAGCUCCAAGACAGAUACUGUCGGCACCAGUCGAUUUUAUGAUGGAUACCGAGCAGAGACCCAAAAACUGGCAAAAUACAAGAUGUCCGAAACCAAACCCAUCGUGGGAAUGGGGACCUCGACGAUCUACGAAGAGGGUACGCACGUCACGGCCCUUGGGUGGAACCCGAAUUACCAGUGUGCCGCGUGGGCCUCUGCUGCACUGGGACAUGGGUUGGUGAGAGUGGAGGAUCUAGCCCUUUAA